GCAGCGGAGCGGUGCUGUUUGGGGGAACGGCAUCCCCUCCCCUGUAACCGCGCUGCCCGGAGCGCGGCGCGGUGCCGGGUUCCUGGGACGGCCCGUGGCCAGGGUCCCCAGGAAGGGAUGGGCACCUCCGCCGUGAUGGCCUCGGGGGCCACCUGGCGGCCGCGGGGAGGCCAGAGGAGGAGGGAGUGCAGAGAUGGGGGCGGCCACCCGCCCUUGACCCUCCCCAGCCCCCCAAUCCCCGCCCGGCUUUCUUAGAUCGCGGUUGGGGGGAAGGGCUUUGAGUUCCGCGCAGUUCUCAAGUUGGGAAAAGUCAGGAAGCUCCGUUGGAUACUGACUGUAGCGCCCGGUGCCUGCGUUCUCAUUUCGGCCCUUAGACCCUCGGUGCCCGCGUGGGUUUCAGUGCCCUGCUGUGACCUUUCUGGCCUGCGGGGAGGCAGAGCCUGGCCGAGGAGGAGACUCAGGGGAGUCCUGACCGGAUGUGCCCCGGGCUGCCAAUGCAUGCUGGUCGCUCUGAUGGGGUCCUGCGCGGCCAGCGGACAGUGCCGUCUGCCUCACCUGACUCUCCUGCCACCUGUGAACCAGACCUGCGGGAGCUUGCCGGCCGGAGAAGACCCAUCUCCAGAGGAAUGGAGUGUCCUUCGUGCGGGCAUGUCCCCAAAGAGGACACCCCCAAGUUCUGCAGCCAGUGUGGACAGAGGCUGCUUCUAGCAGCCCCCGCGGCAGAUUCCAAGAACAACAGCCCCGAGGAGAUGCCAGCUCCAGAGGGCGAAGCGGAGCACGGACAGGGUGGUCCCCAGGUGGCCCCGGCCCCAGAGGGAGACAUGGAGCUCGGGCAGGAGCUGCGGGAGGACGGCGGCCCUUUCUUGUCCCAGGGCUCCCGUCACCUCCAGCAGGAAAGUCUGGACGAGCUGCCCUCCAGCGUCUCCAGGACCGGGUCAAAGGGAGGUGCCUCAGAGGCUUGCGUGGAUGAGGCCGACGGCACAUCCGAUGAGCUGGAGGCUAAUCACCCUCCCAGCAAAAGAAGAAAAGAGGACCCAGCCCUGCGUCAGGUCGCCGCCUCGGCCUCUGCAGACGCCCCGCAGGCUCCAGCGGUCAGCAGUCCGCCCCUCUUAGAGGCCAUUGGCUUCGUGGGGGAGGAGCAAGUCUUUUUCGCUCCUCGCGCCUGGCACAGGGUGCCCCCCAGGUCCCUCGCGCCUGGCACAGGGUGCUCUCGGCCUCGAGCUGAGUCGGAGAAGAUGGCGCACAGGGCCGCGGGCCACAAGUCCCUGCAGGCCUCCUUCCGCCGGACCCGUGGUUCUCAGCCGGGCCGUGGGCGGACGCUGACCCUCACCCCGUCUCGGCACCUGCUCCCUGACGUUCGGGGCCUCUGUCGUCUCCAGGAAGAUGCGGCCCCAGCCAGGCCAGCUGGGGCAGCGGGAGAGGCCAGGAGAGAAGGUAAAGCCAAGGCUCAGAAAACAAAACAGCCGCCAGCGAGCACCCCUGCGUCCCCAGGACACCUCCAGGAAGCUGAAACCAAGGACAAGACGGCCACUAGCGGAGAGAAGACGGGUCGGACCGAGAAGGCCAAGCCAGAGGGUCCGAAGAAGCCAGAAGAGAGUAACAGGACGUACGCAGCUGCUGUGAAGAAUGAGAAGGAGGAGAAGAACCGCAGAGCCGGAGCGGGUGACGUGAAGCCGAGCUCCAGCCCGGCGAGUCUGCAGGACGGGGUCACGCUGUACUUUCACGCGAUCAUCUCGAAGCAUUUCGGAUUCGACCCCACGGCCCACAAAGUGGUUGUCAGGGGCGGCGAGGAGCUGGGGAAGCCCAAGUGGAGCCGUAACAUCUGUGAGAUGCACCUCACCCAAGACCUGCAGGAGAACGGGUCCCUCGUGGAAGGCAGCGCCACCCUCGCCCGACAGCACCUGGAUAAACCCAUUCCUUACAAGUACGUCCUCCUGCGCGGCAAGGGCCAGGUGGAGUACGAGUUCAUCUACAAGCGUCAGCAGAAGGAGGGCGAGUUCGUCAACCGCUGUCUGCACGUGAGGCCUGAGCUCCUGGGCUCUGGAGACUGGCACCAGUACGAUGAUAUAAUUUGCAUGAAGCCCCCGGGGAAGAUUCAGAGGGUGAUAGAUCACAUAACCGACGGCACGAGGAGGGAGCUGGUGAAGGGGAAGCAGAUCGCUGCCACCGUCAUGCUGGACAGCAUUUUCAGCAUCCUGCAGACCUGGGACGCCAUCAACCUGAAGAGCUUCUUUACCCAGUUCCAGCAGUUCUACUCGGUCGUGAGCGUAACGGCGGGAGAAGAUGGGGCGGCCCUCACAGCCCUGAGGGUCACGACCCCACGACCCAUCUUCCUUCUCUCCUGGCGUCAGGUGAAGAAAAACCUCUGGUCGUAUUUAACAAACCAGUCAGCGCCGUUUCUGGGAAGAACCGGGGACCCUUGGCCCGAGGGCCACCCGGUGAGGAGGAAGCUACGGCUGGGCCUGGUCCUCCUGUUCGCGGUGGAGAGGUUUGACCUGCCCGUGUCGGAGGGCGACCUGGCCCUGCUCUGCCGCCUGCUCUGCCCGGACGCCUGCUCGCCGGGCGACCUCCGCCGGGACCUCAGCCACGUCUUCCAAACAUGUUGGAGCUGGCGAGUGUUUCUGGUCAACCUGUGCCGGAGGUGCAUUGCGAAGUCCGUGGACCUCUGGGUGCUCACCCUGCCUGUCCUGCACCACUGCAUGGCCCCGUGCCCUCAAGGGAAGGGCUCCAGGAUGCAGUCCGAGGACACCUGGGCGGCCCUGGAAGGAAUCCCCUUCUCGGAGUUUCGGGAAAAAAGGCCAGAUCAGGGCCACUUGGUUGAGCUCAUGGGGAAGGAGGCCCAUCUGCUGCAGGUGGACGAGUGUCUCUUCCGCUCCUGGUUCAGUCUGGUGCCCCUGAGCAACCUGGUUGGCUUCGUGGGCGACUUCGUGGGCCACCUGAGCCACUUCCCCACGCGCAUCCUGGACUGCCUUCUGGGCACUUGGUACCGGCUCCAGAGGCUGACGGGAUUCUUCGUCCGAGAGUGGGAGAGCACCCAGAGCAUGCUUCAGAUGCUGUUGCACCUCCUGGAUAUUUAUCAAGACAAGAUUCUUGAGGAGCCCUUGAUCCAGUCCUACUUGACCGUGUGCCUGAAACUUCAUGAAACUGUCUGCCGGAUCACAAAAGAACCCAGGUUUUAUGAGCUGCCCGCCCUGUCCGCUGAGCUCGUCUGCCGGAUCAUCACACUCAAACCUCUGCUGCAGGAGGACUCAGCCGAACACCCAGGGAAGGAGACCGGGAAGAAGAAUUCUGUGCAAACAGUCUUCCAGGCGACGGUCGCCAAGACCAGAGCGUGGCUGCAGGGCGUGUUUCAGGAGAGCAUGCUCAUCCUCAGCCACUGGUCUCCUGUCCAGUUCCGGUACCAGGAGGAGAUCAAGGUCUGGAGGCGGCUGGUGGAAAUCGGCUUCCCCAUGGAGUACGGCUGGGAGGAGUCGCUGAUGGGCGACCUGGAAGGAAGAAUCAAACAGGAGAAGCCUCUUGUCCAGAUCUCCGCCUUCUGCAGCGCCCAGUGGGAUGCCAUGGGCCUAGAGGACAGCGUGUCGAGAUGCUUCGAGAAGUGCGUCCUCGAAGCAGUGAACACAGCCUGCCAGUCUCAGACCAGCAUUCUGGAGAAGAUUCCCCACCACGACCUGCAGAAGUUCGGCAGCCUGGUGUCGGCCGUGAUCACCAAGGCCUGGCCGAGGAGCGACGGGCAGGCCGUGGAGGAGCUGGACGGGGUCUUGAAGCACCUGCUCACGUGGCCGGACGUCAAGCAUCUCUUCAAGUUGUACGAAACCGAUGAGAAGGUGUUGGCCAACAUGACAGAGGACAGCAAGAAGCUGCUGGCCGUCGCGGACUCUGUGUUCACCAAGGUCACCGAGGACCUCCUGACGGGCACCAUCUUGGUUCGACAGCUGGAGCUCAUCGUGAAGCACACCAGCCAGUUCCUGGACAUCUGGCUGUUGAAGAGAAAGCGCCUUUCGCCGCAGGAGAAAAAGCAGGACGUGAAGGAAGUGCUGGACUGGAGGAAGGAGGAACUGAAGUUUCUGAAGAAAGAGAAGAAGUGUGUGCACAGCCUCCUGAAGCUGUGCGAGGAUGUGAAGCACCUGGUGGAAGUGGACCUGGAGGAGGUGACGAGAAAACACGUGGAGGACCUCGACAGCAAAAGUCUGAGUGAUGCCGUGACAGUGAGGCUGUCCGCCACCUCCCUGGGCGGGAAGCGGACAACCCAUUACAGCCUGAGCCCCCACGUCCAGGAGAUGGCCGAGAAGAUGGACUGGCUCAAGGACAGCCACAUCUUCUGCGCCUUCUGGGCGGAGGCCGCGGAGGGGCUGAGCGAGCCCGAGGAGGAGCCGGAGCGGCAGCGGCUGCAGCCCGAGGAGGCGCACGACUGCCUGUUCCAGCCCUGCCUCCAGCGCUACCUGGGUCUCUACGAGGACCUGAGGUCGGGAGCGGUCACCCUGCAGGAGGUCAACGUCGUCUUCAAGAACUUCGUGAACAGGUACAGCCAGCUCACCUCUGAGCUCCAGCGUAUGUGUGCCCUGGACAGCAGGGACCAGAGAGACUGGGUCAAGGACCGCGUCAGGCAGAUCAAGGAGUGCCAUCACCUGCACCAGGCCGUCAGCUCAGCCAAGGCCAUCCUGAAGGUCAAGGAGAAUUUGGGCCUGACCGGUGACUUCAGCGUUCUACAGACUUUGUUAAACUUUACGGAUAACUUCGACCAGUUUCGCCACGAGAAGCUGGACCGAAUCAACAAGCAGCUCAUCCAGGCCAAGAGGCUGCUGCAGGACGUCACGGAGCCCCGGUGUCAGUGCCUGAGCGAGCUGUCCCAGAGGAAGGAGUUCAUCAGCUGGGUCCAGGAGGCUCUUGGGGGCAUCAAUGAGCUGAAGGUGUUUGUGGACCUGGCCUCCAUCUCCGCGGGGGAGAACGACAUCGACGUGGACCGCGUGGCCUGCUUCCACGACGCUGUGCAGGGCUACGCGCCGCUGCUGUACGAGCUGGGCCCGGGCGCGGGCUUCAACGAGCUCGUGAGCCGGCUGGGCGAGCUGUGGCGGGCCCUGGAGAACGACCCGUACCUGCCCCACAAGCUGCGUGACUCUGCCAGGAACUUGGAGUGGCUGAAGACCGUGAAGGAAAGCCACGGUUCAGUGGAGCUCUCGUCCCUGUCUCUGGCCACGGCCAUCAACAACAGAGGCCUCUAUGUUAUCAGGGCCCCCACAGGUGGCCAAAAGAUCUCCCCGGACAUGGUUCUGCAGUUAUCGCUCCCCGAGAGCCAUGGCGGCCGGGAGGAGACGCGCGACUUCUCUCUGGAGGAGCUCAAGGAGCUUCUGAACAAGCUGAUGCUGAUGUCUGGCAAGAAGGAGCACAGCAACGUUCAAGUAGAGAUAUUUUCCAAGGUGUUCUGCAACGUGCAGAGGCUGGUGCAGGCCUUCAUCGACUUGUACUCCGCCGGGAACGCGCUGUUCAGGGCCUGGACGGCGCGGGUGCACUGCUCCCCUCACCACGGCGUCUCCGUCCAGAUGGACUUCCACUUGGAGCCUCCGAUCCGGCUCAAGGGCAGUGGGGCAGCGGCAGAGCUGCUGGAGGCCGUCAGCAGGCAGAUGGAGCACUUCCUGGACCGCUGGCAGGCGCUCGUGGCCGAGAAGCGGGCCACGCACUUUUAUCUCAACUACUUCACGGCCGAGCAGCUGGUGUACCUGAGCGCGGAGCUCAUGAAACCGACACCCAGCGAAGCCGCCCUCACCAUGCUGUCCUUCAUCAAAGCCAACUGCACCCCGAGGGACGUGGCCAGGGCCCUCCAGGAGCCCGACGGGGAGGCUCCCCGGCAGCAGGAGAGGACGGUGAUUCAGGGACUGCAGGCGGCGCUCCUGCGGGAGCCCAGCCUGGCCGGCAAGCUGCAGGCCAUCCUGGAGCAGUCGAUGGCGUGCAUGCGCGCCUUCCUGCCGCACUGCCUGGACCUGGAGGCGCUCGGCCGCUGUCUGGCCCUCCUGGGGUGGAUGCGCGGGUGUCCAGUGCAGCGCCGCCUGCCCAAAGGCUUGCACGUGGGCCGGCCCAACCUCAUCAUCUGUGGCCACUCCGAGGUGCUGCCGGUCGCGCUGGCCGUCUACAUGCACGCCCCGCAGCAGCCGCUGCCCACCUUCGACGAGGUGCUGCUCUGCACGCCGGGGACCACGUUCGAGGAGGUGGCGCUGCUCCUGCGCCGCUGCCUGACGCCGGGCUCCCGGGGGCGAGGCGUCUACAGCCUGCUCUACGCCGACCUGCUGAGCUAUGAGGUGGCCAGCCAGGCCGAGGCGCUCUUCCUGAGCCUGUGUUCGCGGCCACACCGCGAGGACUUCCAGCUGGUGGUGGUGUGCGACAGCGCGCGGGAGCACUGUCACCUGCCUGCGGCCUUCAGCCAGCACAAGGUCCCCGUCAUGCCCCAGGCGCCCCUCCAGGACGUGCAGGCGUACCUGGCUCAGCAUUUCCGGGUCCCCGCGCACGUGCGGUCAGCCGCCGACGUUUUCCGGGACCGGAUGUGCGUGGGCGUCGUGACGUCGGAGCGAGCGGGCGUCGGAAAGUCUCUGUAUGUGGAGAGAUUACACAGCAAACUGACGAUGAAGCUGAGGGGGGAAACGGUGCCCCUAAAGGUUAUCCGACUGAUCGACCCUCAGGUGGAUGAGAACCAAGUCCUGUGUUCCCUCCUGCCUUUCCUGAAGGCCCGCUAUCAGACCAGACCCAUGAUCUUCCACUUCGACGUGACCUCUUCGGUGCAGAGCGGGAUUUGGGCGUUCAUCUUCAAGCUCCUCGUCCUGCAGUACUUAAUGGACGUGAAUGGGAAAGUGUGGCUCCGGAACCCGACCCACUUAUACAUCAUCGAAAUCCUGGAGCGGACCCCAGCACUGCCCAAGAAGCCUUCCAGACGGAGUACGCAUGGCCCCCAGUUCAAUUUUCUGGACAUCUUCCCAAAAGUCACCUGCCGGCCUCCCAAAGAAGUGAUAGACAUGGAGCUGAACUCCGAGGAGUGCUCCAGAGAUCCAGGGAUGGACCAGAAAGUGUUCCAAAGCGAGACGUUCCAAAGACCUUACCAGUAUCUGAAACGGUUCCACGAGAAGGAAAACCUGGACUCGUUCCUGUACCAGCAGGGCUGCGUGGAGGGCACCCCCGAGGAGUGCCUCCAGUACUUCCUCAUCUACUGCGGGGUGAUAAACCCAUCCUGGUCAGAGCUCUGGAACUUCGCCGGGUUCCUGAAUUACCAGCUCCGAGACUGCGAAGCCUCCCUCUUCUGCAACGCAGGCAUCACCGGAGACACACUGAGAGGCUUCAAGAACUUUGUGGUCACCUUCAUGAUCUUCAUGGCGAGGGACUUCGCCACACCCACCCUCCACACGUCCGACCAGAGCCCAGGGAGGUGGGCAGUCACCAUGGACGGGGUCAGGGAAGAAGACCUAGCCCCUUUCACUCUCCGGAAGAAGUGGGAGUCCGAGCCUCACCCGUACGUGUUCUUUAACAGCGACCACACGUCCAUGACGUUCAUUGGCUUCCACAUCCAGCCCAACCAGAACGGCAGCCUUGACGCUGUGGACCUCGAAAGCAGGAGGGUCAUAAAGAGAAACGUCAUGGAGAUGGAACUGUUCCGGGGGCUGCUGCUCCAGAGGGUGCCCUUCAACGUUGACUUUGAUCAGCUGCCCAGGCACGAGAAACUUGAGAGACUCUGCCUGGCAUUAGGGAUCCACUGGCCCAUGGACCCGGAUGAAACCUAUGAGCUCACGAUGGACAACAUGCUUAAGAUCCUUGCCAUCGAGAUGCGGUUUCGGUGUGGAAUCCCCGUUAUCAUCAUGGGCGAGACCGGCUGCGGGAAGACCAGACUCAUUAAGUUCCUCAGCGACCUGCAGCGCGGUGGCGCCAAGGUGGAGACCAUGAGGUUGGUCAAGGUCCACGGAGGAACGACCGCAGAGAUGAUCUACUCCAAGGUCCGCGAGGCAGAGGAACUCGCUCUCCUCAAUAAGGAGCGGCAUCAGCUGGACACCAUCUUGUUCUUCGACGAAGCCAACACGACAGAAGCCAUCAGCUGUAUCAAGGAAGUGCUGUGUGAUCGCACGGUGGACGGCCAGCCCCUGGCCAAGGACUCGGGACUGCACAUCAUAGCCGCCUGCAACCCCUACCGGAGGCACACGCAGGAGAUGAUCGGCCGUUUGGAGGCGGCCGGUUUGGGGUACAGGGUCCGUGCGGAGGACACGGCGGAGCGGCUUGGCUCCAUCCCGCUCCGGCAGCUGGUGUACCGAGUGCACGCCCUGCCGCCGAGCCUCAUCCCCCUGGUGUGGGACUUCGGACAGCUGAACGACACUACCGAGAGACUCUACAUCCAACAGAUUGUGCAGAGACUAGUGGACUCCAUCGGCAUGAACGCAACCCAGAUCCGUGCGGUCACAGAAGUGCUUUCCGCCUCGCAGAGUUUCAUGAGGAAGAGAGGAAACGAGUGCGGUUUUGUCAGCCUCAGGGACGUGGAGCGCUGCGUCAAAGUCUUCACAUGGUUUCACGGCCACAGCAGGACGCUCUUGUCCAAGCUGGAUGCCUUUCUCUGCGAGUCCGACGCGCACCAAAACGCCUUUGAGAGAGAUCCCGUCCUCUGGUCCCUGGUGCUGGCCGUCGGGGUGUGCUACCACGCCUCUCUGGAGCAGAGGGAGCCGUACUGGAGGGCCAUCUGCAGGCUCUUUCCAAAACCCUAUAGCGACAGCAAGGUUCUUCUGGAGGAGGUCACCCGAGUGCAGGACCUUUUCCUGAACGGUGUGUCUUUGCGGAAAACCAUUGCUAGGAACUUGGCUUUGAAAGAGAAUGUCUUCAUGAUGGUCAUCUGCAUCGAGCUGAAGAUUCCCCUCUUCCUGGUAGGAAAGCCUGGCAGCUCUAAAUCUCUUGCCAAGACCAUCGUGGCGGACGCCAUGCAAGGCCCGGCAGCCCACUCAGACCUGUUCCGGAGGCUGAAGCAGGUCCACCUGGUGUCAUUCCAGUGCAGCCCGCACUCUACCCCCCAGGGUAUCAUAAGCACCUUCAGGCAGUGUGCCCGCUUCCAGCAGGGGAAGGACCUGCAGCAGUACGUCUCGGUGGUGGUGUUGGACGAGGUGGGACUGGCGGAAGACUCGCCCAAAAUGCCCCUGAAGACUCUGCACCCGCUGUUGGAAUACGGGUGCAUUGAAGACGACCCCGCUCCCCACAAAAAGGUUGGCUUCAUAGGCAUUUCCAACUGGGCCCUGGACCCUGCCAAGAUGAACCGGGGCAUUUUUGUGUCACGAGGCAGUCCCAACAAGAGGGAGCUCAUAGCGAGUGCCAAGGGCAUUUGCUCUUCAGAGCCCCUGAUCCAGCAAAGGGUCCAGGGGUUCUUUGCACCCUUUGCGAGAGCCUACGAAACAGUGUGUGAGAAGCAAGACAAGGAGUUCUUCGGGCUCCGUGACUACUACAGCCUCAUCAAAAUGGUCUUCGCCAAGGCAAAGGCCUCUGGUAACGAGCCGUCCCUGCAAGACGUCGCGCAGGCCGUCCUCCGCAACUUCAGUGGCAAAGAUGACAUCCACGCCCUGGACGUGUUCAUGGCCAACCUGCCCGAGGCGAAAUGCUUGGAGGAAGUCAGCACCCUGCAGCUGAUCGAGCAGAACUUGUACGGAGACCUUCAGGCAUCAGGCCGGGAGCCAGAUGACUCCGAAGCCCGCUACCUGCUCGUGCUGACCAGGAACUACGCGGCCCUGCAGGUCCUGCAGCAGGCGUUUUUCAGUGACGACCAGCAGCCGGAGAUCAUUUUUGGCUCCAGCUUUCCCCGGGACCAAGAGUACACCCAGAUCUGCAGAAACAUCAACCGAGUGAAGAUCUGCAUGGAAACAGGCAAGAUGGUGGUGCUGCUCAACCUGCAGAGCCUCUACGAGAGCCUGUACGACGCGCUCAACCAGUGCUACGUCCGCCUCGGGGGCCAGCGGUACGUGGACCUGGGCCUGGGGGCCCACCGGGUCAAGUGCCGCGUCCGCCCAGACUUCCGGCUGGUCGUCAUCGAAGAGAAGGACGUAGUGUACGAGCACUUCCCCACCCCUCUCAUCAACCGGCUGGAGAAACACUAUCUGGACAUCAGCACCGUCCUGGAGACGUGGCAGAAAAGCAUCGUGCAGGAGCUCAAGGCCUGGGCGCAGAGAUUCGUAGAUGUGAAGGCAGAGCCGCCUGCAGCCGGACACAAAUACAGCCCUUCCGAAGUCUUCAUCGGCUACCACUCGGACGCGUGUGCGUCUGUGGUGCUGCAGGUCACGGAGAGACUGGGCCGCGGGGCCUUGACCGACGACCUCUACCAGAAGGUGUCCGAUGAGGCCAAGCUGACCCUGCUGGGCUGCGCCACGCCGGACGCUGUGGUUCGGCUGGGCGCCUCCUCCCUGGGCCUGUUCGCCGCCCAGGCGCUGUGUCAAGAGUACUACCACGCGCAGCACCACAGCUCCUUUGCGGACUUCGUCCAGGCCCAGCUGCGCACGACGGAUCCGGGCCGCCGCGUCGUCUUCACGGAGGUCACCACUUUCUCCAGACUGCUGACCAGCCAUGACUGCAAAGAACUUCUGGAACCAGGAGGAAAGGACGGAGCUCCGAAGGCCACGAUCCUGUCUCUGCAGCAGUUCGACACUGAGUGCUCGUUCCUCCGAGAAGUCCAAAACUGCUUAACCGAUGCAGCCGGGUGUAAAAUCCUCAUUAUUCAGACGGAUUUUGAAGAUGGAGUCCGCAGUGCGCAGCUCAUUGCUUCAGCUAAGUAUUCUGCCAUAAAUGAAAUCAACAAGAUGCAAGGAAAUCAGGACUGCAUCUUGGUCUAUUUCAUCACGAAACUGUCCCGGAUAGAGAGCGGAGCGUCCUACGUGGGAUUCCAUGGGGGGCUGUGGCAGUCUGUGCACAUUGACGACCUCCACAUGUCCACAGUCAUGGUUUCAGACGUGACCAAGUUGCAGGACGUGGCCAUCAGCCAGCUGUUUAAGCCAGAAGAGGACUCUGAGUUGGAGACGGGACAGGGGGCUGGAGACAGCCUGGAGGAGCCGAUGGAAUCCGAGGCUGCCGACGGAUCAGGGGAGGCGCCAGGAGCAGGCCUGGGGAUGGAAGGCUCGGAGGCGACGGGCAGCGUGGAGCAGGGCGGAAGCCAGAUCGUGGACACGACCAGCCUGCUCAGGAGCUGCAUCCAGAGCGCGGUGGGCAUGCUCCGCGACCAGGACGGCCGCCAGCGCGGCAUGCGGCGGGUGGAGAUCCUUCUCAGCCUCCUGGACGCGGACGACCAGUUCAAAGCCGCGUUCCUGCGGGCGUCCAAGGCGCGGCUGCACGCGCUCCUGAAGCAGCAGGAAGACCAGUGCCUAUUCAACACGAAGGCCUGGGUGGCGAGGGAGGCCUCGAAUCAGGACGCUCUCCAAGAGGCGGGCACGUUCAGGCACACCCUCUGGAAGCGGGUCCAGGGCGUUGUCACCCCUCUCCUGGCCAGCAUGGUGUCUGUCGUCGACAGAGACAGCAACCUCGAGCUGCUGACCACCCCGGACUCUCCCUCCUGGACGAGAGAUCUUUGGAUGUUUAUUUUCCGUGACAUCAAGCUUCUGAACAUUCCUUUUGUGACAAACGAUAUGAGGUCUAAGAGCGAGAUGCCCUGCAUCGUGGUGCAGAACUGCAUGUCCCCCCCGGAGGGGGUCUCCCACGACGUCCCGUUCAGCUGGAGAAUCAAAGACUAUCUGGACGAGCUGUGGGUGCAGGCUCAGUACAUCUCCGGAGCUGAAGGUUUGUCGAAGUUGGAGGGAAUCUUCCAGCAGACCCCUCUGGGCGGCUUCCUCGCCCAGCUCAGCCCGGAGCAGCAGGAGCAGCUGUUUCUCGGCUACAUAAAGGACUUCCUGCUCUUGACCAUGAGAGUGUCCACGUGGGAAGAACUGAAGAUUCUGCAGGUGGCGCUGGGGUCCUGCGUCUGCCAGCUGCGGGCGCAGAGGCCGCGGGACAGGGCCUCGCUGCCGCUGGUGCACUUCACGUACCAGCUCUUCCGGGGCCGGCUGCAGAACCUCUCCAGGAUCCUGACCAUCUGUCCCCAGAUCCUACAAAUGUUACUCUGCAGCAUCAUGGGAACUACGAGGAACAACAGAUUGGAAGGACCUGAGCUGACUCUGGAUGCAUUUGCAGCGAUGGCCUGCACGGAGAUGCUGACCAGAGACCUCCUGAAGCCCAGCGCCCAGGCCUGGCUGCAGACAGUGAAGAGCCUGUCCAUGCCGCUGGAGCUUCUGUGCUCGGACGGGUACCUGCAGAGCUGCGGGGCGAUGGCCAGAGACGUCAUCAGGGAGGUCAGAACCCAGUGGAACCGCGUGUUCCCCGUGGCCCUGUUCGUGGAGCACGUGCUCCUGGAGAUCGAGAGCCAGAUUCCUGAGCUGCGCGAGCUGGUGACCGAAUAUGUCUUCAUGCUGAACAAGUGUCUGCAGGAGAACUCUGACGUCAAGGCGUACAGACCUUUCGUCGCCGUGAUGCUCACUCUUCGUAAGUGUAAGGACCAGGCCAGCAGGACCCUCGCCAGGCUCGAGAUCCAGCCGUGCCCCGUCUGCCUGGGAGACGUGCAGGACCCGGUCUGCCUGCCCUGCGACCACGUGUUCUGCUCGGCCUGCGCCAGGUUCUGGCUCCUCACGGGCCAGAUGAGGUGCCCUUUGUGUUCAACGGACUUGCCGGAAGGCUACUCCCCGGAGAUAUCCCGAGAGCACAGGGACGCCGUCCAGAAACACGCCCGCGUCCGGCAGAUGUGCAACAGCUUCUUUCUAGACCUGGUCUCCACCGUGUGCUUCAAGGACGGCUCCCCGCCGGAGGAGGGGGUGGUGGACGUCCUGCUAAAUCUGCUCUUCGUGCAGAAGGAGCUCUUGCACGACACCUUCCAGAGACGCCGCGAGCACACAAAGACUCUCUCCCCGUUCGACGACGUCGUGGAUAAGACCCCAGUCAUCCGCUCGGUGGUGCUGAAACUGCUCUUGAAGUACCGCUUCCAGGAAGUGAAAGACCACAUCCAGGCUUACUUGUCCCUGCUGGAGAGGAAAGUGUUCCUGACGGAGGAUAAGACCGAGCUCUACACCCUCUUCAGUACCUGCCUGGAGGAUUCCAUCUACGAGAAGGUUAGCGCUCUCUCUGCCAGUGAGGAACAGAAGUACCUGAGAGAUGAGGGGGCCUUCCUGCAGACCUACUCCGGGCGGCGUGGCCCCGAGCUCGUCCCCGAGGCCUCGGUGGAGUGCCUGCAGGAGACGGCCCGGAUCCGCCUCUGUCUAGAUAAGGCAUCUGACCUCCUCUCCGGGCUCCAGGAGGGCUCAGAGGCGGCCGGGGACCAGCAGCGCUACCUCCGUCAGGUGGAGCGCUUCUGCGCACAGGCCGGGAACGACUGGCACCGGGUGUACCUGGUGCGGAAGCUCGCCAGCCAGCGGGGCGUGGAGUUCGUGCAGCGCCUCUCCCGACCCGGCCACCCUGCGCGCUGGGUGUUCCCCCAGGCAGUCCUGGCGCAGCAGGAGGGUCAUCCAAGCCAGAUGGACCGGUACCUGGUGUAUGGUGACAAAUACAAGUCCCUUCGUGACGCGGUGGGCAAAGCUGUCCUUGAGUGCAAGCCCGUGGCCAUCGCGGCUGCUCUGAAGGUCGGCAGGGACCCCGGCCCUCAGCAGGCGGCCCACUUACUGUUGGCGCUUUUCAGAGAAGUCACCACACUGUACAGCCUGCCGGACGCGACCCUCCAUCCGACGUCAGAGCAACGUGAGGCUCUCACCAAGGCCAUCGAGGAGAGCGAGGCCCUCUCUCACCCAGAUGUCAGACACUUUGCAACGUCGCUCGUGGCCAAUACUCUGCCCGUGCUGCACGCCGGCGUGACGGACAGCGGCCUCGAAGGCACAGUGGCAGAAAUGGCCGUCCACGUGGCCGUCGUCCUCCUGUGUGGACACAGUGAGGUCUUGGAACCCCUGAGGAACCUGGCCUUCGCCCCGGCCAGCAUGGCGAAUGCUUUUCUUCCAACGAUGCCCGAAGACUUGCUGGCUCAGGCACAGACCUGGAAGGGUCUGGAAAGAGUGCAGUGGUACAGUGAGUGUCAGCUUCUAACACGGCGGCUGCUGACCGCGCAUGAGGCCCGUCAGCCCCUUCCUGGGCCCCUGGGGAGGGUGCACUUGGCUCCCUCCUCCUCUCCUGGGACGGAGCUGCGCCAGAGGCUCAGGCAAGGGCCAGCUCGCGCUAUCAGGUCUGAGGGCUACUGGCUGCUGCACCUCAAGCCCCAGACUGCGGAAUCCAGGGGCAGCACAGAGGGCCACUCAGGUCAGCUGCCUCGCAGUGCGAAUGCGUGGGCUGCUGGGCCGCCAGGAAGGCGAGGCCGGACGGGAGAGCCCGAGGCGAGAGAGGUGCCGUGGCAGCGCCUCGCCCCCAGGGCCCAGGAGGCACAACCGUCCCCAGUCACCCCCCCCAUCUUCUCUCGUCCCUCCAGAGACCACGCGGACAGAACGCAGACUGGCCACGUGCUGGGAGCCCCGCUGUCCAGGGACGAGGCGGCCGUGUCGGACCGCCAGCUGGCCCCCGCGAUCUUCCAGCUCCUGCGGCUGCUCACGCACCUGGCCUUGCUCCUGGGGGCGGCCCAGGGGCCCGAGGUGCUGAGAGCCAUCAUCAAGCCUCCGGUGACCGACCCCCGUGGCUUCCUGCAGCGGCACGUCCAGCGGGACCUGGAGCAGCUGACGAAGACCCUGGGGCAGAGCGCCGACGAGGCCGUCAGCGCCGUGCACCUGGUGCUGCGCGGCCUCCUGGGGCGGGGGCGCCACGUCUCCGGCCACAGAAUUUUCCAUUUCGAUGCGACACUGUCAUCCAGAACAUCCCGAAACAGCUGGGAGAAGACCAUGGAGACCCUCGUUCUCCCCGAGCUGGAGCACCAGCAUCUGGAGAAGGCCCUGCUGACGGUCACUACUCAGAUCAGCCAAGAUGAGCGCAUCACCUCCAAUCCCGUGGCCAGGAUCGUGUACGGCGACCCGGGGGCCUUCCUGCCUGGCCUGCCCCGCAGCGCGCUCCACUGCUCCCGGAUGUGGGCCUGCAGGCGGAGGGCCACCGUGGAGUACCUGCGGCACAUCGUAGAGCAGGAGUCGGGCACGGAGACCGUGCCCAUCCUCCGGAAAUUCCUGCAGAAGGAGGCAGAGCUGAGGCUGCUGAAAUCCCUGCCUGAGAUCCUGGCCCUGCAGAAGGAUCUGGUGAAGCACUUCCAGCACGUGUCGGAGACCGACUGCCAGUCCAUCAGAGCGUUCAUUAACAGCCACCAAGAAGACGGGUUGAAAGAGUUACUCCGCAAGAGGGUCCGUAUCUUUCUGUCGACGUGGAACCGGCUGAGGACGGCGCUGCAGACCAGGGGUGAAAUCAAGCUGCCCGACGAAUACUGCAGCGCCGACCUGGACGGGGACGCGGACCUCGAGGUCAUCCUGCCGCGCCGCCGGGGCCGGGGCCUCUGCUCCACCGCCCUGGUCAGCUACCUGAUCAGGCUGCACAACGAGAUGGUCUACGCAGUGGAGGAGCUCACUGGGGAAGACAAGUGCUACACGGUCGAUGCCUCCGAGGUCACGGACCUGCACGUCAUCAGCUAUGAGGUUGAGCGGGACCUGGUGCCCCUGAUCCUGUCCAACUGCCAGUACCGGGUGGAGCAGGGCCGGGAGACGCUGCAGGAGUUCGACCUGGAGAAGAUCCAGCGCCAGGUCGCCAGCCGCUUCCUCCAGGGCAAACCCAGGCUCACCCUCAAGGGAAUCCCCACCCUGGUGUACAGACAGGACUGGAACUAUGAGCACCUGUUCGCCGACAUCAAGAGCAAGAUGCCGCAGAAACCCCUCCCCAGCGCAGCCACUGGCGCCAUCUGCGGACAGCUGCAGUCCUACAGCGACGCCUGCGAGGCCCUGUCGCUCGUGGAAGUCACGCUGGGGUUCCUGAGCACGGCCGGCGGCAACCCCAACAUGCCCUUGAAGGUGUAUGUGCAGGACAUGCUGCGCAUGGGUGACCAGACAGCGCCGGUUCUGAAGGCCUUACACAGAUGCCAGCUGAAGCACACAGUCGCGCUGUGGCAGCUCCUGUCGGCCCACCGGUCAGAACAGCUGCUCCGACUGCACAAGGAGCCCUUCAGGGAAUUCAGCCCCAGCUACAAAGUUGGGCUCAGCCCGGACGAAGCCAAGUGCCUCCGCACGUUCCUGAACCAGGCUGACCUCGACUCCUUCCUCCUGGAGCUUCAUGAAAUGAUGCUCCUGAAACUGAAGAGCCCCCAGGCUGAGAGCAGCUUCAACCCCGAGUGGAGCCUGAGAGACACCCUAGUCAGCUACAUGGAAACCAAAGAGGGCGAAAUUCCUCCCGAGCUGGAAUUUCACUUCCCAGAGGAGAUCCUGCUGCGCAGCUGUGUCCCCGUGUGGAGGAUGGCCGCUGAGCUGAGGCGGAGCCGCCAGGGCCGGUAGAGGGCGCUGCUCGCGACGGGGGACCGCGGGCUCUUCCCUCCCCGGUCACAGGCUGCGCCCGGGCCGGGCCUUCCGAGGGCGGCUGCUGGCGUGGCUCCGAACUCAGGAUCCCGUGUGCCAGGCGGUGUCAGGAACACGUGCACGUCCCACCUCCUUCCCGUCGGAUGAUGGGUACUGUCCGGGGGGAGGCGAGAACCGGAGACCCUGGGGAGCCGGGACACGCCGCCUGUGCACUGCCCGGGGCGCCCGCCAGCGCUUCCCAGCUGCCUGGAGCAGGAGGGGCCUGUGCCUUCGGCUGGCCAGCUGGCGCCCGGCACACGCCCACCCCGGCCCCCUGCCUGCAGGAUGAGACCGAGGGGAGACGGGCUGCUGACUCCUGCUCUCAUUUUCCAAAGUGCUCUGUGCUCCCAGAGGAGAGGCCGGCUUGGUCCUUUCUUCCGUUCCCUCCGGCUCUGGAGUACUGUGCAAGUUUCUGUAGGUUUCCAGGAAGGCGUGACAAAGUGCCAGACCCCUUUCUGUGUCUUCCAAGUACAAGUGGGUGCAUUCAGUGCCUUGAGGCCAGACCUCCGGGACCUCGCCCGGCCCCCGUGGAGAGUCGCUGCUGAGUUUCAAGUCCGAGCCGAAACACUUCCAUGGUGGAGAGCGCAGGGCUGAGUCGGGGGCACUUUCAGGGCCUUCUCGCCUCUUUUACACAACGGAGAGACCGCAGUGAUGGCCAGAUUUGCUUCUCAUUCUAGAGGUUUUAAAUUCCAAAUGGAAGUUGAUCAGUGCAAACUUGGACCAAAGGCCUGGUUCCGGCUUUGUUGUGGGAACUUUUAGACCGUCCGGGACCAUGCUGUGUAAACACGUCCUGCCUUCCUCUCAAGCUCAGCCAAGGCAUAAAAAACAGACUCCCAGAGACUACAGAGCCUGCCGAGUUGCUGCAGAAGGGAGAAGAGAGUAGUCAGCCGGCUCUGAUCUGCCAUGGCCGGGCCGUGAGGCUGGGGUCUCUCUUGCACCAUCUCCUUGGGUACUUGCGGCUCGGCGCCCAUCGGCACCGAGGUGACUGCUGUUUACACGUCAGAGGCAAAGGUCUUUAAUGAACAUUCUGAGUGCGUUCGCGACGUGGGCGGCCCGAGAUGGGCCCAGCAGGCGAGAGCGGCGGAGACAGAAAGCGCCGUCAGGCCGCCACGGAGAGGGAGCGGCGCUCCGCGGUCUCCAGCGUCCGGUGAAGGCAGCCCCAUGGCGGUUGUAUCGUUGUGGUCUAUGCAAAGGUACCCCCACCCCGUCUCCCCUAAUGGAUCGAGGGGCAGGGGGGGGGCCCUGCUCGGCUCCUCGACUUGCACUGAAUUCCGUUGAUACCUCCACUCAGGACGGAGCCAGCUGCCGCCAGGGCUGCUCUGGUCCCUCCCCGGGCCCCACACCUUAGCAGCCGGAGUCCGGGUCAGUCUCUUGCUUGUGAAACCUUUUUUUGGGACUGGAAUUCCUCCCCCCGCCCGCUUUUAAUGAAGGGUUUUUUAACUAUGAUGUUUUGUGUUAUAUGCUAAACUUUCAAAGCCUUAACAAUACACAGCGUUCUCUUGUUUAUGAGGAAACGCGCUGGCCUAGCACAAGCGAGUGUCAACUCUACUCUACUUGUCAUACUUGUUUUAAUAAACUUGAGUUUUGCUGCUAAAGAC